AUGGUGUCCUCGUCCAAGGCUUUCUACGGCGAUUAUUUGAAGUAUCAGAUCGGCCGGCUCUUCUAUGCACGGAUGGGGCAGCUGUUGCCUGUCCUGAAGGGCGAAGAGACUCUCAACUACUCUGGUUGGUUCUCAGACCCUGAGGUGGCCGCAAGUUAUACCAUGGCCCAGCACAAUGGCAGCUUGGCGACGGCCAAAGCGCUCUUCCGACGGGUGAGCCUGGACCACGUGCAGCGGAUGUUGGACGUGGGCGGUGGCAGCGGCGCCUUCUCCGUCACCGCGGUGCAGCGGGUCCCGAGCUUAUUUGCCACAGUCCUGGAGCUCCCGGCCGUCUGCGCCGAGGGCCGCCGUUUGACCGCGGCCGCGGGACCUGCGGCGGCGCGCGUGGAGUUCCGCGCGCUGGAUGCGACGGAGCCCACGCGGUGGCCGGUGGAGGAGGCCUCGCAGGAUUUGGUGCUCAUGUCCUACCUUUGUGGCUCCAUCCCAGAGGAGGCCCUCCUGCCGUUGUACCGGAAUGCUUUUGGUGCCUUGCGUCCCGGGGGACGGCUGGUGGUCCAUGACUUCAUGGUGGAAGACUCCAAGGAUGGACCCGCCUUGGGCGCCUACUGGGCGCUGCAGCACGUGACGGUGAAUCCCCAAGGCUUGGGCUUGACGCCCUCGGGCGUCGCGGAGCGCUUGGCGGCCGCGGGGUUUGAGGUGUUGGAGCAGAGCGACCUGAUUGCGCGCAUGACCAAGGCAGAUGGGAUGGGAUGGGAUGGGAGCACAGAUGAUCCCGACUGUGCUGAUGGAAGCGAUGGUCCCCCCAUCCUCAGUCUCCAUGGCGACGUGGACUUGGGCUUCCUCUACAACCCGAUCCGGGCCUUUCUGCUGUGGCGCUACCUGGCUGUGCAUCACCCAAUUGACUGCGAUUGGUAUGCGAAGGUGGAUUCUGACACUUUCUUGAACCUUUGGGCCUUGCUCCAGCGCUUGGACACUUAUUUCAAUGGGACCCAGCUGCACUACUUGGGCUCCUUGAAGCCUGCGCAGCCCUCCGUGGAGGAGUCCUUCCCCUUUGCGGUGAACUCCAUUGUGAUCAGCGGAGCCCUCCUGAGGAAAGCAAGGACCUGGUUGUCCUUGUGCUUCCACGAUGUCAUCGCCCGGAGGCACCAGACCGUUCAACCGUUGACCGCGUUGGAGCCUGGCGCGUCUCCGCUCGGAGCCUACCAGGAGGAGUGA